AUGACCCAAGAGCAAACCCAACAGCAAGUAGUCGAAACACUUCCCGAGGUGGAGGGCGGCAUCUCCGACGAGGCCCUGGCCGCCGCCCGCGCCAUGAUCGGCGUGCGUAUGCGCACCGAGCAGUACGUCCGCCAGGCCAACCUGGACACUAUGAUCAAUUUCGUGAACGGCAUCGGCGACGCCAACCCGCUGUUUCGCGACCAGGAGUACGCCGUCUAUUCCAAGUACGGCAGUGUCAUCGGACACCCCUGCGCUCCCUAUAUGCGCCACUGGUCGGGACGCACCCGCUGGGGCCUGCCCGGCGUCCACGGCUUCUUCGCCGGCAACGAUUGGGAGUUCUUCCGCGUGCUGCGUCCCGGCGAUGCCGUCAACUGCGUCGAACGGGUGCUCGACGUUCAGGAGAAGCAGAGCGCCUACUCCGGUCGGCUCGUCAUACAGUACGUGGAAACCACCUAUUCCAACCAGCGCGAUGAGGUAACCGCCCGCGUCGUCGGCUGGUGCACCCGGCAUCAGCGGCGAGCGUCGCGGGAGCGGGGCAAGUACGCCGACAUCCCCAAGCGGCACGAGUACACCGACGCCGAGCUGGCCGCCAUCGACGAGCAGGUGCUGGGCGAAACCGCCCGCGGCGGUCAGACCCGCUACUUUGAAGACACCGAGAUUGGCGAAGAGCUGCCAACCGUCGUGCGCGGGCCGCUCUCCUUGCAGGACGUCAGCGCGUUCCUGGUCGGUACCGGCCGUUCCAGCGCCCACGGUGUGCUGCUGCGCGAGGCCAUACGCCAUCCCGAUCACUUCUUUCGCAAUCCGGAGUCCGGCGGUGGCCUGGAAUACACCGGCAUCGGCCAUUUGCGCGAUUCCGUAGCCGAGGCCGUCGGAGUGCCUGGCGCGUACGACUACGGCCCGCAGCGGGUGUCGUGGCUAGGUACCCUGAUGACCAACUGGAUGGGCGAUGACGCCUUCCUCAAGCGUCUGCGGGUCGAAACGCGCCGGUUCAACGUGUACGGCGACACCCAAUUCUGCAAGGGGCGCGUGGCCCGCAAGUACGUACACAACGGCAAUACCCUGGUCGACGUCGACAUCUGGACCGAAAACCAGCGCUGCGAGAUAACCGCGCCCGGCACGGCCACCGUGCAGCUGCCCUCCCGCGACCCCCGCAACCCCUGGUUCACCGACGGCAGCCACAUCUCCCUGCGCCACAUCCCCCUCCCCGAAGACGCCCCGCCCAUCCUACCCGUGUAG